CCAAGAUAUUGGUCAUUGGAUAUCCCGUCGUCCUAUCGUUUUACGCGCGUUUCAGUUUCGGUUACGGUGAGGAUGCAGCUGACAAGAUAUGUUAAGAUUUGUGAAACCGAGGAUGACCAACCAAUCGAGGUGCCUCUGGAAGAUGAUGACACUCUUUUACUAUCAACAUUAACCGCCCAGUUCCCAGAUUGUACAGGCCUUAAGUACAGGUCUGGCGACUCAGGAUGCUAUCGUGGUGUUCGUCUUUUGGAUGACCGUUUAUUUCCUCCCGCUGAUGGACAGUGGCAUGAAAACACAUUUUGUUGUGUCUUUCCAAAAUGUUCCAAGAGAAAAGCCGAUGAAGAUUCGUUAGAUUCCAAAAUGAAGCAAAAACGUUUUGAUAAAAAAACAUGUACGGAUUUGAUAGUGCUAAACUUGCCUUGGCGGGCCGAUGAAGAGACUUUACGUGACUACUUUAGCCAAUAUGGUGACCUUGUGAUGAUCCAGAUCAAGCGAGACCCAGUAACCCAACAAAGUAAAGGAUAUGGGUUUAUCCGCUUCGCUGACUAUACAGCACAAGUUAUGUGUUUAGCUGAACGACAUACCAUUGAAAAUCGACAGUGCGAUGUUCGCAUUCCAAUAUCAAAGAUGGAGGGUGACCGUCAAGAAGUUUCCCGAAAAGUUCACAUUGGAAGAUUAACAGAAGAUAUUAGUCCCGAAGCUCUCCGUCAGCAUUUCUCCCAAUAUGGAAGAGUAUCUGAUGUCUUCAUACCCAAACCCUUUCGAUCGUUCGCCUUUAUUACGUUCGAUGAUCCUGAGGUUGCAGCUUCUUUGUUAGGCAAGGACCAAGAGAUCCAAGGUAUUCGUAUAAGCGUUGGUUCUGCAGUCCCCAAGCUCCCUCCUUCUGCCCGUCAAAGUAACAAUAAUAAUCAACGAAUUCCAGUUACCUCGAUGCAAGCUGCUCUUCAGUCAACAAUGAUGGGAACUCAACAAUGGGGUGCUUGGCCACCAGCUUAUGGAGGUAUGGUUCAAAAUAACCGAUAUGGAGGGCAACAUUCUUCCGGUAAAGGUGGAAGUCGAAACGGAUCAAUGGGGGGAAUGAAUCCAGCAGCUGCAGCAGCUGCUGCUGUUUUAGCAGCAGAAUAUACUCGUGUUCAUCAUACCCGAAACUCAGGUACCCCAGCAAAUGGGCAACCAGAAUACAAUGGAGUAUCUGUGGAUUCUUCAAAUUCUGCUGCACUUGCUACGAUGAAUAUCUUAAGUAAUCCGAAUGUAGUAGCCGCCAUUGUUAGCGCUGCCACUGGAGCUGGCAAUACUUCUAUGCUUGGCAAUUCUGGUGUAAGUUUGUUUGCAGAUCAUUCUAACAAAUUGACAACACACCAACCUAGAUAUACUUUCGCCAAUAUUGGACUGCAUAAUUCUCAUGCAAGUACAUUUCACAUUGUUAAAAUUUUACUUAGGCGAUAAUAUCUUUUUCUAUUUUAAUCAGAGAUGUGACUGAGUUACCAAGCGAAAUUUUAAAUAAUUAGCUUUAAACCACACUUCGUAUGUGUGUACUGAUGAUACUAAACCAAAGUCUUAAGCUGAAACCUGUUGGUCGAAAGCUGAGUGCUAGGACCGUAAGUCAUUACUCAGCUACCAUUUAAGGAAAUUGUUUUUGGUCAUAGACCUACACUUUUGAGAACCAUUCAUUCAUAAAACAGAUUUAACUUACCAUCAGUAUUUGUUUGUUCAUCAUACAGUAGGUGUAAUGAAGUUUUCUCAUUCGUUUUUUGAAUACUCUACUUAAAUUUGAUAUAAUAAUCAUUACUGAUUGUAACACAGAUUAUCGUAUAAGUAGGUCGAAAUUAAGUACGCAGAUUUUUGUAAAAUAAAUAAAAUACCAGAACAUUCAAGUUACUGAAGUUUUUUAGUCCUAAAUACUCUAGUGCCCAUAGACAGGGACAUUUGUAUUGAUAGUAUCUGAAAAGAAAAACAUCAACAUAUUAAACCUGCGUGUGCAGAAAAAUCUAAUUAGAAUUCAGAUUUUACUAAUGGUUAAAUUGUGUCACUGGUUUAUUCGAAGGUUUGUUUUUACUUCACAUCCUCCAAUUAUCACAUUUAGUCCGUAUUUUUCCAUAAUAUGAAGGCUUCGCUUUUUGUGGUCUCAUCAUUUUGCGACCAUACAUAUUUCCAAAUAUUAAAAUCCAUAUUAAAUUAUGUUGAUUUCUCAUUUUCACUUUUCUGUAAUGUUGAUAUGAUACUGUUUAAGUGUUUAGACCCGAGUAGAUGAGUUCUAACCCCACUGACCAGAAAUUAAGAAUGAAGUGCUUUUAUCACUCAGUUGAUGUCUUUUUUUGAAGAAAGUUUUCAAAUUUACUCAACCUAAAAUUUCGUCUUAAUAUUAAUUCCUACAGAUUGCAAAACAUUUACUAACCAAGUAUCGAGUCAGUCCUUCUUGUCUUGCCAUAUAUCAAACUGUGUAACUCAUUAUAAUGGUUUUAAUGGACCUUAUAUUUAUAAUUAGCUAUUCACGUAGUUCUCAAUUAGUACACUUGAAAAACUAGUACACUUUUAUUUAAUUUACUCCUUAUUAUCAUUUCGAAAUGUAAUUAAGAGCGAUUCUGAAACGUCUUGAAUUUUUGAAGGGUUUGUCGGUGCAUUGCUUUUGUUGUAAAAUACUCGUUUGAUCUCUUAGCAGGGAAUAGUGUACAUUGAUGUAAUCAUAUUUUAUGCUAAAUCUCACUAAUCAGGAAAGUAGCAGCAUCGAAAAGUACACUGUAAAAAGAAUAAACUUAUAAUUGUUUUGUAACGUUGGGUUUUGCCUAUCUCUACUAGACAUUAAGUAGCUAACCAUAUAAUAAACUGACAAAAAUGUCUAACAACCAUCUAGGGACCAGACCAAGAAGGGGCAUCGGCCUUGUGACUUCCGAAGAAUUUCGGUUUUCAUCAUUUUCUUUUUCAAAUCCCAGGGCAGAAUUUAAUUUGUUCUGGUUGGCUUUCUUUUAGAAAGGUUGUUUUCUACAGGAUAGGGAUGCUGGCCCCACAUAUAUUUGGUUACCCCCUUGUACCAAAAUUUAUGUGUUCAAAUAAAUUAAUGUUGCCCCUCCCCCACAAUUCACCGGUCCUGCUCUACCCAGACUCGAGACCGUCAGUAGCCUUAUAACAGCAGCUACAGGCAGAGUUGUGCAGACUGAUGUUCAGAUCUUAUUCGAUCCUUCCCAAAAUCCGCGUUCUCAGAUCGUCAUCAAAUGGAAUUUCAGUGUCUAGAAAAUGUAAGAUCAAUUUACUACUAAAUUAAAUUGAUCCAGCAAACAUUACUGAUAAGUCUUCUAAUUUAACGCUUGAAUAUGUUCCCUAGGCUCUUGUAGUAACCCCCAGGUAGGUCGACACGUCAACCUGAACAUAAAACAAAAGUCACGAAAUAUGGAAAGAACGCUUUACUCCAAGUUUAGUUCAUGUACAGCAAAUCUAGGGUAUCUAUAGAAUGUUAGAUAACUUUGAGCCGCUGGAAAGUUCUGGAACCCAUCUAAACACAUUACGAUUGGUAAUUUUUAAAAAAACCUUUACUGAUGGUGAUUGAAUGAUAUGUUUCUUUUAAUUGUCACUCGCCACUGAUUAUCAUGUCUGUUUUUUAUUGAAUCGAAAGUUACAAAUUAUAUCUGAAAUAAAUCAUGAUUAAUCAUUAAGUAAAUGUUAUCACGCUCAUUAAAGUAUCUAACUUUUACUUCAUGAGUUUUCCACAUUUACUCUUUUUUGACAACCUGUAUUUCCUGUUUGGAUUUCUUUUUAGGCACUUUAACACGAUGAAUGAAUUCAAGGUAUUCAGUACUCAACUCCUGCAUUUCUUACUUCCUCCUUAAUUUUCGCUCCAUCGAGGCUUUGUUUUGUAUCACGUGCCCGAACUAAAUGGGUUAUGUCAAUUUGUUGGUAAAAUAAUUGGUUUUUCAUUAUUCAAGCAACUGUGUAUUUGUUUGGGUCAGUGUGUUGUAAAUCAGUGAUUCCUCCAGGGUAGAUGUACUUCUAUUGUACGACUGUUAGUAGUGAGUCAAAAGCUUGCGUGUUUCUUUGCAUAUUGGUAUUAAUCGUGCGAUGUUAUUCGUGUACUCUGUAUGAAAGUUAUGGUACAUAAUGCUGAGAUAUGAGUGAUCAGACUGUUUGACAUGUGAAUUCUGGUGCUACCACGUUUCAGAAACCUGUGCUGUGUGAUGAAAGCAUCAGAAAAUAUGUUGGUACAUUUGGGUGUUUCUAAAACAGGCUAUCAGAGUUCAUUCAAUAUGACGGGUGUAUUCCUGAAGACUUCCUGUGUAGGUAAUAGGAUUUUUGUAAAUACUGUCUAAGAGUAAUAUAUCUACCUUCCAACGAUAAUCAUUAAAGGUAACAAAUAGUGGGUUGCCAUAAAGCAAAAAGUUAUGAAGUAGAUAUUUGGUUAUUGAAGAAAUAAGUUACGGUUAUUGAUAAUGACUGCUAACUUUUGUCAUUAAACUGACUGGAUUGCCUGGUCCCUUUUUCUGGUUGAUUAGUUGACGAGUGUAUUGAUUCAAGUCCUUACACUUUCGUUCGUCUGUUUAAAUUUUGAUUUUGUUCUGUUUGCUGCGUAUAUGAUUUGCGGAUAUAUUUGUGAAAUUGUUUCUGCUACUUACUGCUUAGAUAGUUAGUGAAUGAUUGUUUAUAACUCAAAUCCUAUAAGUCACUUUAACUGACUACUUAAUAAUUUGACACAGAAAUUCGUAUGGCGCAUGAUGCCUAGUGGCUGGUCGGAUGUUGAUUUAUCUAACGUUUAGUAAACACUUUAUAUUUAUAUCAAAAUCUUCCGAUUCGUUCAUUCUGUGGACAAUCUAUACAUCAUAUUUCCCUUCCAUUUCUAUACUUAAAGUUGAAACUUCAUCACUUCUAAUUUCGUGAUUAUUUCCAAUUGUGCUUUCUUGCAAGCUUAGUUAACCAUAGUCAACUUUAAAAUUCAAAAUUUGACUUGCUAUAAAUGCUCCAAAAAUUUGUUUUCCUCUUGUAAAUGGGCAGUUGUUACACAUAUGUUUUGCUCUGUAUAUUGUUAUUGGAAACUUAGUAACUCGUGACAGUGGACGUAAAUUUCUAUAUAAUGUAGUUCAGGUAUCGUAAUAAUUGUAGUACUUUCUUACCCCUGUUUUUUUUACAAAUGUGCAAUAAUCCUGGACAUUCAUCACCUGGUCAUUUCUUUUUAUGAUUGUUCCACACAUCUGUUCCACUAACUAUUAACAUACAAACCUAAUAUAUAAUAAAUGCGCAAUAGACAAAGUUCUUCGCUGAUAAAUGCAUGUUUCAAGUCAGUCGCUUGAAAUCGAACAAAAUUGGUGGCUACAUGUAUAGAGCUGCUAAGUUAAGUAAGUAGCAUAGUGCUUUAUUUGGGCACUCAUUCGCUUUGUCGAUUCUAGUGCGUAAUCAAGAGUCCUUUUUUCUCCUAUAUGUAAGGCUGUUUGUCUCCGUAACAAUAUGUUUUUUCAUAAAUAUAGGCUCAUUGGCUCUCAUAUUUUUUUCUAGAUCUCGAAGUAUUAUUAGUCUUUUUUAGGGCGUUCAUUCGGGUUGUUGAUUCUGAAGCAUACCAGUUCCAUCUAGAAAUGAAGAUUUACUGUCCCAACGUUAGGAGCAAAUUGAAACGGUUUAAACAUUCGAAUUUGAAUGUAAGGAUUACUUCUUAAGAAUGAAUACUUGUCAAUUACUUCAUUUUUCUGGAACAAUAGCAGUAAUAUUUAUAGCCAUCGAGCUCACAUUCUAUAAAGUUUUAGUUCAUGUGUGAAAAAGCUGAAAUUUAGGUCGUAGUUGAGGUUUUUUUCAAAAGUACCUUGUGUGUGUUGUUUUGAUCCCACAUUAAAGCUGCUGUCUGUCCCAUCGCUAUUUCUCUUAAUAUCGUCAAUCUACUUUGUAAUCAUUUUGUCUUCCGUAGAAAAAAAUUUCAAGUAAGUAGUUGACUACACAGGAGUCAUUCCAACCAUGAACGCAGGCGAUUUACGCUGGAAUCGAUAUACCCUAGAAACUGUCGAGUGAUAAGAUCUUUUACUUCAGUUGUACAACAUAUUAAGUAGUCACGAUGAGAGUUUAUCACUGCGUAUGACGACAGCCAACGUACUUCUCAGCAAGUUCGUCGUGCGUCAUUUUGAGACAUGAGUACUCCAUCUCAUUUAAACUGACAAUCAAUUGUAUAGAUCUCGGCUAUAAUUGUGGUCUCAUGUAUUUUCUGGUUCCCAUUUGGCGGUUUUCAACAUGGAGGACGUUCUCUCAUUUUACUCUUAGUAACUGUGGAGACAUCAUCAAAUCUGUCCUUAGCAAUGUGGAUUGGUGGUGAAGGUUAAUUACGAAUAAGAUUUCAUUCGAAACAUCAGUCUCAUAAUCCGCAUUACGAAUUGAAAUCGAUGGUUUGGAAGAUGGUUAGCUUGACACAUCAAAUAUCGAAAUUUCCAAGUUAGUCGAAACAUUUGGUGCAUUUGUGUUCAGCUUGCAUUUUGUUGUCCAAAUACUAAGCUAAACCGAUGCUCAGUAAGUAGUACUGACGUAGUGUGUAAUUUCUGAAUCCAAUGUGAUAUAAAGGCUGCUCUACAUGACUGAUAAACAAUUGCUUCGAGUAAUCCUUGUGUUCUAUCAAAUGGAAUAAGACAGGAUUACGAGUCUCCCCAUCUUACUGGAUGUAGUAAACAGUUCCAUGUGUUGCUUAUAAUUUGUAAUGCAUCAAAAGUCAUAUGUAUUAAAUUCGGCAUAAAAUGUGCUGAGUUAAACAAAGUACAUUUGUUUCUAUGAUGAAGUGUGAACGAUUGUAGAGCUUAUUGGUUAUCAGUAUAAAGUGGUUGCACAAGCUUCAGACGUAUCAGAAAUCCAUAUUGAGAAAGUGGCAAAAAGUUGACCGUCAGGAGUUUGUUAUUAACUGUUCAAGGAGCGAUAAAAUCAGCUGUUUGACUGGAGGAACAUUAAGCAAGAAAAUCAAUCUCUUUCCAGUUCUAAACGCCUCAAAUGUUAUCUUGGGUAUAACAAUUGAUCAUUAUUUCGAAAAUCAAGGAUUUAACGUAUAUGGCUUUGUCGAUUCUGAACCUACCCAAACUUUAAAAGCACCAAAAUGAAAAUAGAGGGCUUGUGACGGUACGUAAAUAUACAAAAUAAUUUGUACUGACCUCUUUGAUUUUACUUGACACACUACCUGGAGGCACUCGACCACACAUCUCUACUAGAUUACGACGCGUAACGGCAUGCUACACAUUCCUUGCAUCUACCAGCCACUUUUAAUACGAUUCUUCUCAACUUUCUGGAGACUUAAAUGUAUUCUCAGACUCAUUUAUCUCUGACUUAUUAUUUGACUCGGUUAUCGCCUUGCGUUAAAUUGGUCCUCGAAGUUAAGACAACUGUGAAGUUCCGCACCCAACGCAAAUGUCAGUAAAUAUGGAGGACACGGCGGUCAAUGAAAAUGUCGUGCUUAUUGUGUCGAAUGUCUUCUUCGAAAGUGUUGGACGCCACGUGUAGCGAAAGUUUGUAAACUUUUCAUAAACGCGACUGGUUGGAUUGUGCGCACAAUAGACAAAAUGAUGUGCUAAAACAAACAACAAAACAGAUAACUAAGAAAUAUCUAGAUCGGAGAAACUGGUAGCCCAGAUAUUCAAGCAGGCCACCAGAAUCAG